UUAAUUCAAUAACAGCGGUGGGUAGGGCAGUAACCGGUCAGGCAGCUGUCGUUUGCCUCAAGAUGCACUUUGACCACGACUGUCCGCAGCACAGUGUUACUUUGACUUGUCCAUUCUGCAAGAGGUAUUUUUUAAUACAAGAUGAUGACUGAAGAGGCUUUCGAUGUGAUGGUGGUAGGCUCCUGUAUGACUGACUUGGUGAGUCAGGCGCCACGGCUACCUAAAGCAGGAGAAACCAUCCAUGGUCACAAGUUCUUCAUUGGUUUCGGAGGAAAAGGAGCCAACCAGUGCAUACAGGCUGCAAGACUGGGGGCCAAAGCCACAAUGGUCUGCAAGGUUGGUAAAGACUUCUUUGGAGACAACUACAUCCAGAAUUUCAAGGACAACGCAGUUCACACAGGGUUUGCAGGGCAGACCUCAGACGCAGCCACAGGAGCUGCCUCCAUUAUUGUCAACGAUGCAGGUGAGAAUGCCAUCGUGAUCGUGGCUGGUGCCAACAUGCUGCUGGGCAGGGAGGAGCUGCAGGACGCUCGUCCAGCCCUCAGCCGUGCAAAGGUGCUGGUCUGCCAACUGGAGAUCAGCCCGCAGUCGUCCUUGCAGGCGCUACGCAUGGCUCGGGAGAACAACGUGAAGACAAUAUUCAACCCGGCGCCGGCUAUCGCAGACUUGGAUCCAGAUUUCUAUCGGUUCUCUGAUGUGUUUUGCUGCAACGAGACUGAGGCGGAGCUGCUGACUGGGGCCGCGGUGGCCGACGCAGAGGAUGCACAUCGGGCCGGUCAGGAGCUGAUGAGGCGAGGCUGCGGGUCGGUCAUCAUCACCCUUGGACCCCAAGGCUGCGUGGUGCUAAAGGCACAGGAGCUUUCCUCACAGCACAUCCCAGCCUCCCCUGCCACAGUGGUGGAUACUACAGGCGCCGGAGACAGCUUCAUCGGCGCGUUGGCGUUCUACAUAGCUUAUUAUCCCACGAUGCCUCUGGAGGAGAUGGCCCGGAGAGCCAAUCAGGUGGCAGCGGUGAGCGUGCAGGCAGCCGGCACGCAGACGUCUUACCCCUACAAGAAAGACCUGCCAGCCGAGCUGUUCUGAAGGCAGCUGCGAGUCAGCUGCAAGUCUGAACGGACCAAGUCUGGAGUGGAUCCUCUCUGCUUCUGACAGGAACGGUUUUAAAUUCAAAACGUGAUCCAGUUGUCUUCCUCUAAGGUAAUCAGAAUCAGGGGAGUGCAGAAAAUGAACAAUCUAAAGCCGUAUUUUAUCAUGAGGAUGAAAAUGUGACUUGACUUGUUACGUUCAUAAAACUCCGCAGAACAUCACUCAAAUUCAACAUCACACUCCAUUUACAGCAGGUAU